AGAGAAACUCAGCAACCCCGACUAUUCUAUACCCCCAAGGCCCCAAUUGGUAUUUCAAAAAGCUAUAAGCUCAAAGUUGCUCUCUUAAUCUUAUAGUCUUAUUCUGAAUUCACAAAAGUAACACUCCAAAACAUCAUACCAACGCGCGCAUAAAACAUGGGAGAUUCAUCUGAAGAAUUCGAACCAUUAUUCGAUUACAGCCGAGUACAGCCCUCUAAUUUCAUCGACCUUGAAGAGGAUUCAGAUUCUUCUUCUUCAUCGACGAAACGCAGAAAAAUUUCGAAUAAUAACAAAGAAGAGAACAAUAAUGGAAAGGGAAAAUCAGUUCAAGAAAUUGAUAACGAGGAAGAAGAGGAUAAAGAGAAUUGGUUGCCGCCUCCUCCUGCGAAUCUAGCGCCUUCUUCAAAGCUACACGAAGAUUCCACUAUUAAGGAAUUGAGGUUAAAGAGGCUGGAGUUAGCGUCAGUCGUCCAGUCCACUAAACAUCUAUUACAAGCUGCAGAAGAAGCUGAAAUGAAGACAUUUACUAGUUCCUCACACACAAUUAUGGAGGAAUCUACUGAGGAAGUACUAAAACCUGCAGCUGAUCGAACCAAGAUAGUCCUAUCUAUCCAAGACAAGGCUGAAACUAAGCAAUAUCGCAUAUUUGCAGAUGAAAGAUUUGAGCAGCUGUUUAAAAAGUAUGCGCAAAAGGCAAAUAUUGAUGUAAAUAACCUAGUAUUUUCUUUUGAUGGUGAUAAAAUCAAUCCAGCAUCAACACCCCAGACCCUUGGGAUGGAGGAUGAUGAUCUUGUUGAAGUGCAUGUGAAGGCAAGCUAGCUAAGUUAGUAAGUUUUUUGCUCCUGUUUUGUAGUAAAGUACCAGGUUGGCCUGCUCUCUGGGCCUUUUUUGAGUCGAGUAUAUUGCUCAACAAGUAGGGGACAGAAAAACUAGAAGCUACUCGUUUUGCUUUCCUUUCGAAUCUGUUUGGCCUCUCGACGGUACACCUCGUAUCCAGCACAGUGCUACACAAUUUUACACAGUUUCCGCUUAUGUGCGUAUUUCGUUGCCUCUGUAGGAAAUGUGGAUUAGCUGAACUUAUACAUUUCUCUCUGUAAUUGCAAAGUUUAAGGAUUCUGGCUGAAUGGAUGAAGCUUUUGGUUUA